UAGAUGAGCUAAACUUUUACACAGCAUGCAAGAAAAAUGCCGUUUAGUUCGAGGAUUUUCAAUUCUUCUUGUCAUAUUCUACAUUGCAAAUUCCGCAGCAGACGAUCGAUUUCAUAUAGGUACAAUUGCAAAUCGAGGGUCAUUUGCCUACGAACAUCUGAGAUACGCAAUAGAUCGAUGGAAUACAGAACAUGGAGCUCAUACUCAGAUCAAGUUUUCUAUUGUGUCCCCGAUUCGAUAUGAUAAUAAUUAUGAGGAGAGGAUGUGCGAAAUAAUGCAACAAGGAAUCGUAGCAGUUGUUUUAUCAAAUGAAGAAAGUGAACAAGACUCUCAGCUCAUUAAAUCUAUGUGCCACUAUUUCAAUAUUCCAUGCCUAUCACUUCAAUCAACAUCACUUCGAGAUUCUGUCUCCGAUUUUGUCACUCUGCUCGGUCCAUCUCGUGGAGCAGGUGCUCGUGCAACAAGCGAAUUUCUUGAUUCAAUGCGAUGGACAGGAUUUCUGUUAGCCUACCAGCAUGGUUCCGAUUUAGAAGAUCUUUCACCUUUGAUGCAAUAUAAACAGAUUGUUGAUACAGGUGGAAGAAGGAUUCACAUCAAAAUUAGAAGACUUCCAAAUAAUACUGACGAUUAUGAACCAUUUUUAAAAUAUGUAAAGACGAGGCUGAAACAAACUAACAUUAUAAUUCAUUCCAACAAUAUAACAGUUCUUUAUAAUCUUCUCCAACAAGCUAGAGGUCUCAAUAUGGCUGAGCCUCCAUUUUCAUAUGUUUUCACAAAUACGGAUUUGUCACUUUUGGAAGAUUUUUUGAAUAAUAUGUACGGAGCAUCAUUUCACUGUAACAUAACUGGAUUACAACUGGUCAAGAAUGAUCCAAUGAUGAAAACUCAAUUGGCACUCACAUCAGAAGCAGUUUAUGUUGUUGGAAUGUCAAUAUAUAGAAUGAGAGAACUUGGACAUGCUCCCCGCCAAUCAUCCAUAAUGUGUGAUUCUCAUGACAUUUGGUCAGAUGGACGAAUAAUGAAUGAAGGAAUUCGAAAGUUAAAACUACGAAACCAAUUAACUGGUGACGUACAAUUCAAAUCCAAUGGGGAGAGAGACGACAUCAUGUAUCACGGCGUCGGACGAAUCAACUCACAGUUUGUAAAACUUGGAAAUUGGUCUGAAAAACGUGGCUGGAACUUUGACAGUCGAUAUGCUAACCGAUGGGAAUUUGACAUUGAUCCAGAUUCAGAGGACUUGGAGGGAUUACACCUUCGAGUUGUUGUAUAUCUGGAAGAACCAUUUGUUAUCAAGACAGGAGAAAAUCAAUAUGAAGGCUUUUGUAUAGAUCUUCUCAAUGAGAUGACACAAGUUCUCAAGUUUAACUACACAAUUAUUGAAGUUCAAGAUGGAACUUAUGGAAUUGAGGAUGAAUCUGGAAGAUGGAAUGGAAUUAUUGGAGCAUUGCAACGACAUGAGGCUGAUCUUUCGUUAUCUGCUGUAACAAUUACUUAUAGUCGAGCAGAAGUUGUUGACUUCACACUUCCAUUUAUGCAUCUUGGAAUUUCAAUUCUUCUUGCAAGAACAUCAGAAGAAACAGAUAAAGGCUCACUUUGGACAUUCCUCGAACCUCUUUCACUGACAGUUUGGAUUAGUCUUCUCAUAAGUUAUUGUAUUGUUUCUUAUUCCAUGCAUAUUCUGGCAAAGUUUUCACCGUAUGAAUGGUACAAUUUGGAGCGAAUCGAUGAACGAGACUUUGAAAACAUAAAAAAUCAAAAAAACCAAUUCACAGUGCUCAAUUCAUUCUGGUUUACAAUGGGAUCACUUAUGCAACAGGGAUCGGAUGUUAUUCCAAGAGCUGCUGCAACUAGAUUAAUUGCUGUUGUUUGGUGGAUGUUUACUCAAAUUAUAAUAUCUUCUUAUACAGCACAAUUAGCUGCUUUUUUAACUGUAGAAAGAAUGUCUACUCCUAUAGAAAGCACACAGGAUUUAGCAAACCAACAGAAAAUUAGAUACGGAGUUUUAAAAAGCGGGUCAACAAUGGACUUCUUCCGUGAAAGUAAAAUACCGAUGUAUGAACGGAUGUGGUCCGUAAUGGAAUCAUCUUCUCCUGGAGUCUUCGUGAAUAGUUCUCGAGAAGGAAUUGCACGGGUUAAAUCGGGUGGAUACGCGUAUAUGAUGGAGAGUUCAAUGUUGGAAUAUUAUUUGGAGCGAGAUUGUGAAUUACAAAGUAUCGGAGGUCUUCUGGAUUCAAAGGGUUAUGGAAUAGCAUUGCCAAAAGGAUCACCGCUUCGUGAUAUUUUAUCUAGAACAGUGCUACAGUUGCAGGAGAGAACUAUAUUGGAAGCACUAAAAAAUAAAUGGUGGAGAGAUCGACGAGAAGGUCCUUCUUGUGGCCCUCCGCCUUCUGAAAAAGCAACAAAUUCAAAACCUCAGAAUAUAUUUGGUAUCUUCUAUGUUCUUCUAACAGGUCUUAUAGUUGCAUUCUUACUUGCUUGUGGAGAAUAUUGUAUAGAAUCUCGACAUGAAGCUUUCCGAUUAAAGCUCACAAUUGUUGGAAAAUUCAUGGACUGGUAUCGAGGUAACUCUAAUGAUUCAAAACAAAGAAGCAAGCUGAGAAAUAUGCAACUUGACACUGCUGGGCAAGAAGUAUCAAUUUUCAAUAAUAAAAUAGAGUAACGAAAUGGAAAAUGAGUAAGUUCAACUCGUCAUGAUCCUCCAACACCUCCACAACCAGCUCUCACCUCAAGACCAGAUCCAACUCGUCUUUCAAUAUCAUCUCCAGCACCAACUAUUUGCGUUGUGUCAUGUGAUGAUGGUACACCGAUCAGUAGAGAUAGACCACCAUCAAUUAGUAGAGCUGGACUUCGAAGAUUAAGUCGGAUGUUGCCAGCAGCAACACAUGAACAACUAUCACGAUUCCGUCAAGGAUCAAUGUCUUGAGACAUAUUAAUUCAUAUUGAAACCGUGUUUUUGUAAAUCUUGUAAUUAUUCAUUUUCACAUUCUACCUGUUAUUUGCCUAUUAUCAAAAACCAAACCCUUCCCUUUGUACUGGUAUUUUUCUAAUAAUUCCUCUAUGUUCUAAAAAUAAACUAAUUACAUUAC